GGGCAUGUAGCAGCAGCCCGUCGUGAUGCCACCAUCGACUCCCAUGCUGCCUCCUAUGAGCGUCACUCCUGUAGCGCCUAGUACCGCGCCACCUGGGGCCGCUCCUUGGGUUAUGCAGCUGUGGCCGGCUAAUGCUCAAUGGCCGGAUGCCAUCCCAUGGCAGAUCACUCCAGUUAGUAAUGCCCAGCAGUCAAGUGCGCAAGUACCAAGCGUACAAGGUGGGGACCUGCCUGCUGCCAAAGCUCAGUCGAAUGGUGAUAGCCGAUCGUCCAACCACAAUGUAAAACACGGAAAAGGGCCUGCUGCGAACGCCUUCCCGGACCCUGGUAACCGUGCGUACUUCACUAAAGAGUACAUGGACAUUCUGGAGGACAUCAAGUCGGAGAAAAUCCUGGAUGCCACGAAGAAGAGGGUUGUUGGAAGUAGGAUGGGGGGCGUGCGAAUUUCGGACAGCGCCGAUGAAAGCUGCAGAUCGGAAGUCCGCUCGAGCAACGAGGCGGACGAAAUGAAGGCUUGGGUCACCUCGACCCUCGGGGACUCGCUGAAGUCGAUCACGAAGAAGCUUGAUGAGGUGGAUUUCAAGGCUAAGUUGGCUACUGCCGAGAAGAAAGAGCUAUUGCGACUCAGAGCCGAGAAGGCGGUCAUCGAGAAAGUUAAGAAGGAGUCAAGUAGCGAGAAGCGAAAGCGGGGCGCUGUUGCGGAGCCGAUGGUUGUUACGCCCGCCAGCAAUGCGAAUCGUUGCAAGACUCGAUCGAGAGGGAGCUCGAUAGGGUGAUCUCGUCGUGUGGAGAUUUCAUCGGACGAGGAAGAUGCUGAUGUAGGCCAAGUGCGACAGAACCUGAGCGAAAGAAUGGAGAAGCGUAGCGUCCUGUCUGAGGUAAAGAAAAUGCUCACUGCGAUCGUGCAAGGUCUUGCUGAUGUGAAAGGCAAGCAGCCUAUGGUUGAGCCGGGAAGACCCUCUGCCGACGAACACAGAAGAGAAGAUGAGGACGAUGCUGAAGACGUGGACGUCGCAGUAAACUCCCAAGACCAUG